CGUAGGCUUCCUUGGAACGUGAUCACGUGAUGACGCAGAAGUCACAUGAUGGUGUCUCACGCUACAACAAAUCGAAAAUCUCCUGAUCUGUCUUUUUUUUGACUACAUAAUACACAAUCCAAUGUACAGCUGCUGUUCAGUCGAGGUUUAAACAGAUAAACGUGUGGGAUCUGAAUGCUCGACGCCAAACAGACUGGGUGAACCGAGUAGCUGCAGAUGGAGGUAGAGGGGAUGGAAGAUAAAGGACCUUCUUUCCAGAGUGAACUUCCAGAUUGCCAGGCAACGCAGCAGCAGCAGCUGCUGCCACCGCCACCGGAUCUGCAGAGCUCCACGUCUGUAGAGAAUGUCUACGUGGAUCAGAAAGCAGUGGACAAACUCGCAGAGGGAUUCCUGUCCCACUACCUAUCGGAUCUACAGAACUCUAAACGAGCCCUGCAGGAGCUCACACAAAAUCAGCUGAUACUGUUGGACACACUGGAUCAAGAAGUCACCAAGUUCAGAGAGUGCAACACCUUGCUGGACCUCAACUCGCUGUUUACAGAAGCCAAAGUUUACCAGAAUAAACUAGUGAACAUAAGAAAAGAGAUGAUCUUGCUUCAUGAAAAAACAACUAAACUGAAGAAAAGAGCCUUGAAGCUGCAGCAGCAGAAGCAGAAGGAGCUACUGGAGAAGGAGCAGCAGCGUGAGAGUGAGCUGGAGAGGGAGAGGCAGCUUAUCGCCAAACCUGCUAAAAGAACGUAAAACUCCCAGCGAUGUCCGCUGUGUUAAAGAACCACUCUGAAGGGUAGCAUGUCUUACUCUGUUUACUUCAUAUCUGAUCAAUCACCCAACUUUUAACCAUUUUUCAAAGUGCAAAUUAGAUAAUCAGACAGGCAACACAGGCUAGCUGGUGUUGGUUACUGUUUUAGGUGCAUUUUAUCCAGUUCUACUUUCCGAAUAUUGCAAAGUGAACAAAUUAGAAAAAGAAAACUAGUCAUUAUUUGUUCUGGUAACUGUGAGAGAAGAGAUGUCAGUCCCACAUGUCAAGUACCAAACAUUUUAACAACUAGUUUCUCUUUGAAGGUGUUUCUGCAGAUAAAGCUAAUCUAUGUCAGACAACAUGGCAGCAGAACAGUGUAUGUUCAGCUAUCUAAUGUGAAUAUCAACUGAACAACUAUUCCUCUGUGAAAAAAGUAACAAUCAGUACCAUUUAAAUCAUCCUCAAUGAAAAUAGGCUUUUUUGGGGCACUUUGCUCAGUUGUUUUUUUCCAUUCCUAGCCGGAGGUAUCUGGUGUACCUGCUGUUGUAAGGUUAGCUUUUACCUUAACAUGGUUUCAAUACAAUUCCCUGCAGAACUUGUGAUGAACUGUUGAGGAACUUAGUAAAUCCUCCCUGUGCCUCCUGCUUGGAGUCAGUGUUGCAGUGGAGUGCUUGUAUUUCAAAAUAUAUAUCUGCUUGGCACAAAAAGUAAUGGGAUUUGCCAGGUUUUUUUCCUUGCUGUGACAAGGCUUCUUGGCUGUAAAUCUUACACCACUGAGAACGCUGCUGAUAUCCCCUUAAAUGGUGCAAGAUUUGUAAGGACAAUGAAUUUGUGGGUUGAGCAGCAGACUUGAGUAUGGGCUCUGGUGGAGGAAGUGUGAUGGUGUGGGGCGACAUCUCUCACUCACUAGAAAAACAAGGCUCGUUGUCAUUGAAGGCAAUUUUAGUGGAGAGAGAUAUCAAGACAAGAUUCUGCAACCAGUGGGAGUCCCAUAUCUUUAUCCUCCAAGAUGUGACUGCUCGCUGCCACAGAGUGGGAUUUAUCAGAGACUUUAACUGCCUCUCUGCAGUCCUGACCUCUACCCAAGUGACUACUUGUGGGACCAGCUUGGGGUUUGUGCCAGAGCGACCAACACAACCACAUUGGCUGACUUGUGCCAAAUGCUUGUUGAGGUACGGGUUGCCAUCCCAUGGCAGUGUGCGCCCAAGCUGGUGUCCAGUAUGAAGGAGGAGGUGCCAGGCUGUUGUGCUUGUGUCCCCACAUCCAUCAGUCGAACAUUCAUCACUGUUCCUUCCUUUGAUUAAUUUUGAUGGAUCCUGACCACUGCACACCUUGAACACCCAAAACAAGCUGCAGUUUUGGAGAUGCUCUGACACAGUCGUCUAGACCUCACCGUUCAGCCCAUCUGCCAUUCUCUAUCGCAUAUAUUACUGAGGCCCCUGUUUGUUAAAUAAAUGAACUGUUGAACAGCCAAAAUAUUUCUUCAAAAUUCAGUCAACCAGUUUUGGCAUCAGCAGGUAUGAUUUGGCAAGUUUUCGAUGAGCUCAACCCUCAAAUCCAUUUUGCUUUCAAUUGUGGCACCAUUUUAGGGGAAAUAAACAGGCUGCCCAGGGUCUGAGGUUUAUUGCCUAGGACAAUUGUUACAACAAAGAAAUAAUAAACCAAACACACAUUUUCCUACCUUUUGUCCCAAGUAUGGUUCUUCUUAAAAUAUCUUUUCAAUACACGUUGUCUUGCUAGAUUCAAUCAUCCACAACUUGAAUUACUACAGCGCAGAGACACACUCUAAAGAUGUGUACAAAAUCCAUAACAUAAAUAGUUCUCAUGGACCCCAACACUCCCCUUUUUGCUGCGUUUCUCUAAAAGUAAGCUUUGGAUAUUUUUUUUUUACUUCCCUACUCAUUUCCCUUUUAAUAUGUGUUUUUGGGAAAGAUAAACAUCCUCCUUCCUCAGUGUUCAGCCUCGUUUAUCACAAUUCCAGUUCUGCAAGUUGCUCUGUACAGGCAGGCUUAGGUGUGUAGCUGUUUUCUUAUUGGCAUUUUAAGAUGUAUAAAGAUAAACACAUUUAUGUCUUGUUUGAAUGGCCUGUUCUCUAUUGUAUCAUGUUUAUGCCCCAGAGAAACAGGAAGUCAUGAUUCCCCAAGUAAACGUCCCUUUAUGCUCUGAAUAGCUUAAAAAGAAAGGGAAAAAAUAUUUUUAACUAUAAUUAGUUUCUAAAAAGGGUUCUUGGUUCCAGUAUUUAGGGAACAGUGACUCUUUCCUAUUAUUUCUGUACAUAACUGAAAAGGUUGGAUUUUUCUAAAUAAAACUAAUUAGUUCAGAGAUUUGGGUGCUGCAAUUAUAUUAAGACUUCCUACAGCAGGGAUUCAUAUUUUGGCCUCUUUGCAAACACUGAAAAGCCUUAUUUCUGCGGUAUUUUAUGUGAAAUAAUGAAUUUUUUUUCUUACCAUACAUCUAAUUCAACAGGAGAAACACUUUUAAACAAACUAGAACGUUUAAAUUUCAAACGGGAUUUAUUGAGGUAAUUGCAAAAGUUUAGACAUCCUUAAAACUGCAGUGCACUUUGGAAAAUGGUUUCUUAAUAAAACCCUUACUGUGGUGCCUAGUAAAUAAGAAUAGUAAAAAGCUUGCAGAACCUUGGGUUUGGUUGAUCCCGUCUGACUUGGCCAAGAACACCAUAAACCAAAGACCUGGACGUCAUCAUCAAAUGCUGUUUGAACUCUGAUGGUGCGCACGUUUGUAAAUCUCCCUGAGAGCAGAACAAAUCCUCCUUUGACACUUUUACAGACAACGGUCUGGAAGUAUUUCUGCGUCUGCUGUCCUUAGUCUAAGUGUUGUUUGAUACCUGUUGUUUCCCGGGCUGCCUGCCCUGUUAGUCUUGAACGUUACAAAAGAAGUAUGUUGUGUAAAUCAUUUUUUUCUGCACUAAAUUUGACUGAGGGUUGUGUACCAUGAUAAUAGAUUGUAAAAUGUACCAAACUAUAAACAUAAUCUGCAAAACUCUUCAAUAUUGUUUUUCAAAACCCUUCUAUGCACUAGUUAUGUUUGAAACUGUUGGGUUUAUAGAGUUAAUAAUAAAUCCUACAUAACUGCUGGUUUGGACUAAAUUAAAUGUGAGAUUUGCUUUG